UUCAAGAUGAAUAUCGACGAUGACGACAACCUGCCUUGUUUCGAGAUGAAUAUCGACGACUAUGACCUGCCUUGUUUCAAUAUGAAUAUCGACGACUACGACGACAACCUUGUUGAUUGUAGCGUUAAUAGCUCUUUCGAGGAGUUGCAGAUGGCAUGCUUGGAAAUUCCAACGAAUUCCAUGAGCCCUCAAAGAUUGUCAACAUCAUCACAAUCUUCUUCUUCAACACGUUGGUGGAAAUACGAUGUCUUUCUCAAUUUUAGAACGGAGGACACGCGGAGAAGUUUUACAAACCAUCUAUAUGAUGAUUUGAAAAGGAAGGGUGUUUUGACCUUUAGGGACGAUGAAAAACUUGAGAGAGGAAAAUCAAUUUCACAAGAGCUCUUGAAUGCCAUAGAAGAAUCCAGAUUUGCUAUUAUCAUUUUCUCAAGAAACUAUGCAUCUUCGACAUGGUGCUUAAAUGAGCUUGAAAAGAUUGUUAGAUCCAUGAAAGAGAUAGGAUUGACAAUUCUGCCAGUUUUUCAUGACAAACUUAUUUCUUUUGAUAUAUAA